GCUGCGACCCUCGUUGGCCGCGUCUGUAAAAUGGGCCGAGCGGCAGGAAGACAACUUUCUCUGGGCGUCUGGAGCGCGUGCGAAGGGGUCGCCGCUCGUUAAGGCGCCGGGCAGCUGACACCUUGUAGAGGUGGGUCCCGUGAUUUCUCAGCACCAUCCAAUGGAGGACAGAGGCUCUGCGGCCUUGGAGGACGAGCGGAGGUGCCUGUCGGGGAGCCUCACCUUGCCAGCACCAAUGGAGAGCCCGGCCAUGCAGGGCACGUCCACACCCAGCAAGUCCUUCUCCUCAGCCCACAGACACCCUAGCAAGAAGCACGGGCUGUCUAAACUCUGCCAGAGCAGGACAGCACUCUCCGAGGACAAGUGGAACUCCUACUGCCUGUCGUCGCUGGCUGCCCAGAACAUCUGCACCGGCAAGCUGCACUGCCCCGGAGUGCCCGAGCUCUCCGACGCGGCCGGCUCCGUGGGCAGCACUUCCUGCUGCUCACUGCUGCGGGGCCUGCCCUCGGGCCUGUCCUCACCCCUGCUCCCCGCCCCCGUGUGCAACCCGAACAAGGCCAUCUUCACCGUGGAUGCCAAGACCACUGAGAUUCUGGUUGCCAACGACAAGGCCUGUGAGCUCCUCGGGUACAGCAGCCACGACCUGAUCAGCCAGAAGCUCACGCAGUUCUUCCUGAAGUCGGACUCCGACGUGGUGGAGGCCCUCAGCGAGGAGCACAUGGAUGCUGAUGGCUGCGCCGCUGUGGUGGUUGGGACGGUGGUGGACAUCGUCAGCCGCAGCGGGGAGAAGAUUCCUGUCUCUGUGUGGAUGAAGAGGAUACGGCAGGAGCACACCCACUGCUGCGUGGUGGUACUGGAGCCCGUGGAGAGGGUCUCGGCCUGGGUCUCGUUCCAGUGCGACGGGACCAUCACAUCAUGUGACAGCCUCUUUGCACAUCUCCAUGGCUACACGUCUGGGGAGGAAGUGGCUGGGCAGCGUAUCACAGACCUGAUUCCCUCUGUGCAGAUCCCUCCCCCUGGCGAGCACAUCCCAAAGAAUCUCAGGAUCCAGAGGUCCGUGGGGAGGGCAAGAGAUGGCACCACCUUCCCUCUGAGCCUGAAACUCAAGUUCAAGCCGGGCUCCAACGACGCAGAGGGUGGCCUGCCCUUGCCUGCACCUGUCUACACGGCCUCUGUCUGGGUGUUCUGCACCAUCAGUGGUCUUGUCACCCUUCUGCCAGAUGGCACCAUCUACGGCAUUAACCACAGCUUUGCGCUCAUGCUGUUUGGCUACGGGAAGGCUGAGCUCCUGGGCAAGAACAUCGCGUUCCUGAUCCCUGGCUUCUACAGCUACAUGGACCUCGCCUGUGAUGACAGCUCCCUGCCCCUGCCAGACCUGGCCCGGUGCCUGGAUGUCAGCCAGGACAGGCACUCUGGGAGGAUGUUGGCAGAACCCUGGCAGGGCUGGGACCUGUCUCACGGGGCAGAUGGUUCCAGCGUGAGCGUCGUGCUUGCUGACGCUGAUGCCCUGCUGCGGGAUGUGACCCUGGCCCCAGCUGGCAGCCAAAGAGAGGUCUUCCUCGGGACACAGGCCCCAUGCGAACCUGAGGGCUGCCUCCCUGCCCCAUGCUCCUCCCAGCUGACUCCAGGGGUGGACACUGCAGGAGGACACCUGCCAGCCCAGGACCAGCAGACCCAGCAGGGACCAGGGGAGGAGAGCUCCCAGGAGGACCUGUGGAAGGACAGCAGGUCUGAGCACAGGGAUCAGAGUCCACGUGCUGUAUGUGAAGACCCCAGAACCCCAGCCUCAGCAGAGGACAGGAGGAGGACUGCUCUAGAGUGUGACCUGGAUCUAGAGGGGGCCUCAGGACCCAGUCCUCAGGUUGCAGCCACCGUGCCCAAGCCCAGCUCCACAAGCCAGCCAGCUGGAGCCGGCUUCCCAAUGCACUGCCCCCGGUGCGGGACUGAGUUGCUUGCCCGGCGAAGGGUCCUGAGCCCCCCAGGAACAACGCAUGUCUUGCUGGGGAGGCUGACGCUUGAUGAGCUGUGGCCGGGUGGGGGCAGUGACAGGGAAGAGCUGCGGACCUGCCUCAUCAGGGAGCAGCUGUCCACGCCGAGCUCUCCAGGGGCCGUGGGCACCCCCUCUGCCAAGCCCCUCCCCGCAGAGCACCCCACUUUUGCUGCCCCUCUGUCGCCCUGCGGCCUCGGGGGCAGAGACCUGCAGGGCAGCCGCUCGGGUAGCUCCUCGGCCUGCUAUGCCCUGGCCACAGACCUUCCUGGCGCCCCAGAGCACACAGAGGGGCAUGAUACCGACGCGGCCACGUUCUCCUGGGACUUGAAGGAACUCUUCCUCAGUGAGCGGGUGGCUCGGGCAUCCUCAGACUGCUCCUGUGCCACCUUAGGCCUCACCCGGACGCCCUCUUCUCUGGGCGUGGGCUCUAACUUGGAUGAGGGCAGCCUCCAGCGGGAGCAGUCAGGUGCCUUGGAGCUGGGCCGGGAGGGGCUGUUGCUGCUGACCCGCACCUCCUCUGACCUCAGCGGUUUCCAGAAGGGCUACCUGGCCCAUAGCCAGACGGGGCCACCAGAAGCUUGUGUGCUGCCCUCCCUGCCCCCUGAAGCCAGCCCUGGGCACGUGCUUCCGUGUACAGAGCCUCCGGAGCUGGGUCUUCAGACGACCUCCACGCCAGUGAGAAGGGAGAGCACCCCGCCGCCCAGGGCCGCUGGCCCACGUCGGGAGAUCCAGGAGGGCACCUACUCAGGCAGCUGCUAUCACCGGGAUGGCUCACGGCUGAGUGUGCAGUUUGAGGUACGGCGUGUGGAGCUCCGUGCUGCAGCCACGCUUUUCUGCUGCUGGCUGGUGAAGGACCUGCUGCACAGCCACCGGGACGCAGCCGCCCGCAACCGCCUGCUGCUGGCCAGCCUGCCCGACUCUACCCACUCCAUGGCCGAGCUGCCAGGGCCCAGCCUGGGUGAGGUGCUCGGAGCCAAGCCCUGGUUUGAGGAGCCCCCCAAGGUGUCUGAGCUGGAGGGGCUGGCGGCCUGCGAGGGUGCGUACUCCCACAAGUACAGCACGCUGAGCCCGCUUGGCAGUGGGGCCUUCGGCUUCGUGUGGACUGCCGUGGACAAGGAGGAAAACAAGGAGGUUGUUGUGAAGUUUAUUAAGAAGGAGAAGGUUUUGGAGGAUUGCUGGGUCGAGGAUCCCAAACUCGGAAAAGUGACUCUAGAGAUUGCAAUCCUCUUGUGGGUGGAGCAUGCCAACAUUAUCAAGGUGUUGGAUGUGUUUGAGAACCAAGGGUUCUUCCAGCUGGUGAUGGAGAAGCACGGCUCCGGGUUGGACCUCUUCACAUUCAUCGACCGCCACCCCAACCUGGAUGAGCCCCUGGCGAGCUACAUUUUCCGGCAGUUGGUGUCUGCAGUGGGAUACCUGCGCUCGAAGGGCGUCAUUCACCGGGACAUCAAGGAUGAGAACAUUGUGAUUGCUGAGAACUUCACGAUUAAGCUGAUAGACUUUGGCUCAGCUGCCUACUUGGAAAGAGGAAAAUUAUUUUACACCUUCUGUGGAACAAUUGAGUACUGUGCGCCUGAGGUUCUCCUGGGAAACCCGUACCGGGGCCCGGAACUGGAGAUGUGGUCACUGGGGGUCACCCUUUACACCCUGAUCUUUGAGGAGAACCCUUUCUGUGAGCUGGAGGAGACUGUGGAGGCUGUGCUGAACCCCCCAUACGAGGUGUCGAAAGAGCUCAUGAGCCUUGUGUCUGGGCUACUGCACCCCGUCCCUGAGGAGCGCACCACCCUGGAGAAGCUGGUGGAGGACCCGUGGGUGACACAGCCCGUGAACCUUGCAGACUACACCUGGGAGGAGGUGUGUCGGGUGAGCAGGCCAGAGAGUGGUGUCCUGGCCAGCAUGAGCACAGAGACGGAGAGGAGGAGCCCAAGGGAUGUGCGCAGGGGCCCAGGCCCAGGGUUGGGUCCUAAGGGCCCCCUGGUGCCAUGUGCACAGACUUCAUAGUGGCUUCUCCAUCGACCCGCUGGACACUGGCUCCUGCUGCUCUUCUCCACAACCAGGAAAGUCCUGUCGUCCUCAAGUCAUCCAUCUGGAGGAAACAAACCCUCAAGUGUGAGGCCCUGUCACCUUCCUUAUGUGCUAGUCUGAUCAACACAGCUCACAAGUCUGCAGUAUGCUGUUACCUCCAGGUUUAUAAGAUAGUAGGCGUGAAAUUCAUGUUUCUAAUAUGACCUUGAGUUUUAUACUUCUACAGGGCUCUAAAUUUGUGAACUUUGCAAAAGGCAUAGCAGAGUCUUAAAAUUCUCUUUCUACUUUGACAUGUAUGUGUGUGUUUUUGUUUCCCCUGACUUGGCAUAAGUCCAUCUGAGCGUAGGUAUGUGGCCUUGUAGGAUGGGCUAGCCAAAGGGUCAGACUAUUUCAUUAAUUUAUUUUCUUGAACGUUUUCCAAAUUAAAGCAACUUGGCUAGUAAAUAGUUACCCCGACUUGGACUCUGUGGGUUAUUCACAUGCCAGGUGUGCAAAGCACUUCAUUUCUUUGUUUUCCAAAACAAGUCAAAUCCAUUUAUGAAUCCCCAAGUCUGGCGGACACGGGAUCCAGACGCAGAGAGAGAGAGCCCCACCAGGUCAUCCACAUAUAUCGUAGAUGCAGGCCACACCACAAGGAAGGGUCCAACUUGAGUAAGAGUGGGACUUGAGUCACGCUGUCCUGCAAGGCUGUGACCCAAGACACAACCUCCACCAGUCCUGCCCCAUCAACAUGCAGAGGUCAGGAUUUACAACACGUAAUAUGGAGGACAACAAUACGAUAUUGGGAAUCAUGGCCUAGCCAAGUUGGCACGUAACCCCAACCAUCACAGGUUCCGUAUACCUUAUCUGCAUAGUCAUUGUGUGUGAGUCACAAAGACCACGACUCUGUUGUUGCUAGGUGCUCUUGAGUCAGUUCUGACGGAUAGCGACCCUGUGUACAACAGAAAGAAAUACCGCCCAGUCCUGCAACAUCCUCACAAUUGUUAUUAUGCUUCAGCCCAUUGUUGCAGCCCCUGUUCCAAUCUAUCUCAUUGAGUGUCUUCCUCUUUUUUGGUGACUUUUUUUUUCUACCAAGCAUGAUGUCCUUCUCCAGGGACUGGUCCUUCCUGGUAACAUGUCCAAAGUAUGUGACGACCAGGUCUUGCCAUUCCUACUUCUAAUGAAUACUCCGGUGGUACUUCCAAGACAAAUUUGUUUGUUCUUCUGGCAGUCCAUGGUAUACUCAAUAUUCUUUGCCAACACCAUAAUUCAAAGGCGUCAAUUCGUCUUCAUUCUGCCUUAUUCAUUGCCCAGAUUUUGCAUGCAUAUAAGGCGAUUGAAAACACCAUGGCUUGGGUCAGGUCCACCUAAGUCCUUAAAGUGACAUCUUUGCUUUUUAACAAAGAGGUCUUUUGCAGCAGAUUUGCCCAAUGCAGUGUGUCUUUUGAUUUCUUGACUGCUGCUUCCAUGAGCAUUAAUUGUGGAUCCAAGUAAAAUGAAAUCCUUGACAACCGCCAUCUUUUCUCUGUUUAUCAUGAUGUUGUUUAUUGGUCCACUUGUGAAGAUUUUUGUUUUCUUUAUAUUGAGGUGCAAUCCAUACUGAAAGCUGUGGUCUUUUGAUCUUCACUAGUAAGCGUUUCAAGUCCUCUUCGCUUUCAGCAAGCAAGGUUGUGUUGUCUGCAUAACGCAGGUUGUUAAUGAGUCUUCCUCUGAUCCUGAUGCCCCGUCCUUCUUCAUGUAGUCCAGCUUCUCGGAUUAUUUGCCCAGCAUACAGAUUGAAUAAGUGUGGUGAAAGGAUACAACCCUGAUGCGCACCUUUCUUGACUUUAAACCACAUGGUAUCUAUCCCCUUGUUCUGUUUGAACAACUUGGUCUAAGUACAGGUUCCUCAUGAGCACAAUUUUUAAGUGUUCUGGAAUUCCCAUUCUUCACAAUGUUAUCCAUCAUUUGUUAUGAUCCACACAAUCGAAUCAAUUUGUACAGUCAAUAAAACACAGGUAAACAUCCUUCUGAUGCUCUGUGCUUUCAGCCAGGAUCCAUCUGACAUCAGCAAUGAUAUCCCUGGUUCCACGUCCUCUCCUGAAUUCGGCUUGGAUUUCUAGCAGUUUCUUGCUGAUGUACUGCUGCAACUGCUUUUGAAAGAUCUUCAGAAAAUUUUACUUCCAUGUGAUACAAUGAUACUGUUUGAUAAUUUCUGUAUUCUGCUGGAUCACCUUUUUUUUGAAAUGGGUACAAGUAUGGAUCUCUUCCAACAGCUGGCCAGGUAGCUGUGAUCCAAAUUUCUUGGCAUAGAAAAGUGAUCUGUUUGUUGAAACAUCUCAAUCGGUAUUCCAUUAAUUCCUGGAGCCUUGUUUUUCCCCAGUGCCUUCAGGGCAGCUUGGACUUCUUCCUUCAGUACCAUUGGUUCUUGAUCAUCUGCUACCUCCUGAAAUGGUUGAAUGUCGACCAAUUCUUUUUGGUACAGUGACUUUGUGUAUUCCUUCCAUCUUCUUUUGAUGUUUCCUGUGUCAUUUAGUAUUUUCCCCAUAGAAUCCUUCAGUAUUGGAACUUGAGGCUUGAAUUUUUUCUUCAGUUCUUUCAUUUCGAGAAAUGCUGAGCGUGUUCUUCCCUUUUGCUUCUCUAUCUCCAGCUCUUUGCUCAUGUCAUCAUUAAUACUUUACUUUGUCUUCUCAAGCCACCCUUUGAAAUCUUCUGUUCAGCCCUUUUAGUUCAUUUCUUCCUUUUGCUUUAGCUACUCUACAAUCAAGAGCAAGUUUCAGAAUCUCUUGUGACAUCCGUUUAGGUCUUUUCUUUCCUGUCUUUUUAAUGAUCUCUUGCUUUCUUCAUAUAUGAUGUCCUUGAUGUCAUUCCACAACUUGUCUGGUCUUUGGUCAUUAGUGUUUGGUGCAUCAAAUAUAUUUUGAGAUGGUAUCUAAAAAUUCAGGUGGAAUAUAUUCAAGGUCGUAUUUUGGCUCUUCUGGGCUUGUUUUAAUUUUCUUCAACUUAAAUUUGAACUUGCGUAUGAGCAAUUGAUGGUCUGUUCCACAGUUGGCCCCGGCCUUGUUCUGACUGAUAUGAGCUUUUCCAUCAUCUCUUCCACAGACCAUGUUGAGAAAGGCCAUAUUAAGUCAUUACACUGCAGUACCAUUUAAGAAUCAAGUCAUUUUUCUUAGUUCCGAGAGGUAAGCAGGUAAGACAGUAAGAAAUGCAUAUCAAUUAAGGCUUGGUAUUUGUAAGCUGUGAAAUUCAGGUAGCUGAAAAGCACACCUUCCUCUUGAAAAAUGCCUUGGUUCUAUAUGUGAACAAUUACAGGUCUAGAUUUGUAAUUUAAGCAUGAAAACUAAUUGGGCUGAAACAUAACUGGCUUUCAUCCUAAGAGGAACCCAGAGGGCCUAGUCAGGAGGGCUCUCAUCCUUUUUACCAGGUAAUGUGUCAUACCUCCUAACACUUUAUUACUAGGGUCCUGUUUUUCAACAACUGUAAACACUUCUCGGAGUUCCUUCGGAUAUUUAAACAUGUUUAGAGUGUAUCUGUCUUUUUUGUGUAUGUGGCCUUAGUAUGCAUGCGGAAUAGAGAUUUUUACACAGUGAGAAUCUUUACUCAGGCUCUGAAUCCAUCUUUAC